AUGGCGGCCGUGGAGGUUUUCCCCUCUCCGGGCGAGCUCGGCGCGGCGCUGGCGCGGGCGGUGACCGAGGCCGCGGCCGAGGCGGUGGCGAGCGGCGGCCGCUUCACGCUGGGGCUGUCCGGGGGUUCUCUGGUGCCGCUGCUGGCGCGGGAGCUCCCGGGCGCCCUCAGCGCGGCUCCCGGUGCGGAUCCCUCGCGCUGGCUCGUGGCGUUCUGCGAUGAGCGCCUGGUGCCGCCCGAGCACCCCGAGAGCACCGCGGGCGCCUACAGGUGCCAGGUCCUGGCCCAGUUCCCCCCCCCCGGGCCGCGCUGUCUCUGGGUCCGGCCCGAGCUCGGCGCCGCCGCCGCCAGCGACUACGAGAGCCAGAUCCGACGGGAGUUCCCAGGCCCGGGGGUGCCCCAGUUUGAUUUGCUGCUGCUGGGGCUGGGCCCGGACGGUCACACCUGCUCGCUGUUCCCGGGCCACGCCCUGCUCCAGGAGCAGGAGGCUCUGGUGGGGUUCCUGGAGGACUCCCCGAAGCCGCCGGCGCGGCGCGUGACGAUGACGCUGCCGCUGCUCAACGCCGCGCGCUCCGUGCUCAUCGUCGCCGCCGGCGCCGCCAAAGCGCCCGCCAUCAAGCGGAUCCUGGAGGGCCGGGAGGAAUUCCCGCUGCCGGCCGCCCGGAUCCGGCCCCGCUCCGGCCGCCUCCGCUGGCUCCUGGACCAGGGAGCGGCCCAGGAGCUGCAGAUUCCCGCGGGAAAACACCCCGGGAAUCCCGGAAUUCCCGGGAAAAAAAACCCCGGAGGCGACGAUCCCGACGGGAAGUGACGGAAGGUUCCGGAGAUGGGAUUUCCCCUCCCGGGAAUGGAGGAAUUCCGGUGGGAAAAACGCCCCCAAGGAAUCGGGAAUUCCGAUGGAAAAAAGGCCCAGAAAUUGGGAAUUCCAUGGGAAAAACGCCCAGAAAUUGGGAAUUCCAUGGGAAAAAUGCCCCAGGAAUUGGGAAUUCCCA